AAGACUGUCCGCUUUGGAAAGGGAAUCUGCUAAGUUAUCUGUUCUAAUUAUUUCGAUUUUCGAGGCUUAAACAAGAUUAUCAAACGGAAUUUCUGCACACCGAAUACUUCGUGGGUUCGUGUUUCAACUGUAUGUUUUAUGAGGCUUUGUACAAUGUCUCGACUUGAAAAGAAGCAACCUGCUCGUUGUACGGAUUUGCCACUGAAGAAUGCUGAUAUUUGCAGCAAACUUAAGAUUUUAAAACAACUUCUAAAGUCGUGUUAUGGACCUACAGGCAGACUAAAACAAAUCCACAACAACAUUGGGGGGCAGGUUGUCACUACCUCGACGUCCGUUGUCCUUUUACCAACUUUGUCUUCAACAGAGCCCUUUAUAAAUUUAAUAAGGACUUCUAUAAUCAACCACAUAUCUCGGUUUAGUGACUGUGGCCUAUUUGCAGGUAUUUUGUGUCUGUCACUUAUAGAAGAAGCACAGCUUUCCUCUCUCAGAAAAGACGUUUGUCAAAAAGUUAACAAGUAUUUGCUUGGUCUGUGCACAAGUUACCUCCAGCAAGAAGACUGUGCAUGUAAAGUCAAAGUGGACUUCAACAGCAGCCAUUGCCUUAUCAGAUUAGCUCAUGGUGUCAUCUCCAGUAAACCAGCUUGUGUUUUAAGAGAAUCAGAAAUUCUCCAUAUCACCAGAUUGAUUGUACAGGGUUUUUUACUCACUGUCCCCUGUGAUAAGCCAGGUGCAGUCAAACUUGGAAGAAUAGUAACUCUCGCAGUUGAAGGUUUACCAGUAAUGGACUCAACCAUUUUUCCUGGGUUAUUGCUGGAGACACCUGACCUGUCACUUCACCUCACAGGGCUUCUUAAUUGUGGACAACUGCGUACUAUUAUAUUCACUGCAUCUCUCGCUGGGGACCUUUCUGAGCUUGGAGAAGGGACCAUUGUGGUGCACAAAGGAAUGGACGUGGAGGUACAAAUCCUGGACCAGCUACUGAAGAUUGGAGAGAAAGUUGUUAAAGAUGAGGUGAAAUUGUUCAUGUGUCAAAAGGUCAUCCACCCAGUUCUACAACAAUAUCUGAGGUACCAUGGCAUCGUGGUGAUAGAGAGACUGGGAAUUAAUUUACUGGAGCCAGUUAUUCAGCUAACAGGUGCACAACCAGUUGCUACACUACAUAGCAUCCCACCCAGGGCUUAUGGAAAAGUAAAAGAAAUCACCAUCAGACAGUUUGGAUCCAAGAUAAUGCUGCAUUUAGUUCCCACUGAGGAGACUGCCAUCUGCACUCUCAUUCUUUGUCACAGAAAUGAGACCAUGCUAAAUGAGUUAAAGGUUGCAUGUGAGAAGGCACAACAUGUGUUAAGGCUGACACUAAGAGAUCAGUUUGCCGUUUAUGGAGCAGGCUGCUCUGAAACACAUCUUGCUGCUUAUAUCAGAUACAAGAGUAAAACUAUUGACUUGGAUACUGCCACGAUGUUCGGGUGUAUGCAGACAGAGUAUGUGCUUGCUGCAGAGGGGUUUUGCCGUUCUUUGGAGUCUGUGACAGCAGCGUUGGAUCACAAUGGUGGGAGUUCUUUAAUUGAUCUGACUCAUGCUCACCACUGGACACUUCCCACUGACAUGACAACAGAUGAAAUGGACCGAACUUUGGGUCUGUGUAGGUGUGGGGUGGUGCAAUAUUGUAAAGAUUAUAAGUGGAGCUUUUUAAACACAAAAUACACAGAGUUCUCUCCUGCAGCUGUGAGUGGAGAGGCUGAUGUGUUGGACUCCUUCACAGCCAAAGUUAAUGGGCUGCAGGUUGCUGUAGAAACAGCCAAUCUUGCUCUAGAUGUGCAAUAUAUAAUACAAGAUACAAACUAGUAAAGUACAAACAAGAGAGAUUUAUUUUCUAUGGUUGAAUUGCUCAUUGAACACCAUUCAUAGUACAGUAUUGUGAAAUUUUUUAUUUAUUUUCUAACAAAUAUUUACUGUGUCUCUGUGUCUGUCACAUAUGUGUCUCUGUGUCUUUGUUACAUUGUAUUGAGUCAGUCUGGUAAUUUUAACAGAUGAAUGGAAUCAAAGCCUUUCUUAGCACUGGAUAGUCUUUGAAGUUCUCCUGGUAAAACCUAUAAAAAUAGUUAUAAUCACAUAAGGGCAAACUACAAGGAACAAAAAUUAAAUGUGUGACUUUAAACAGAAAGCAGAAUGUCACCUGUG